UUGGCAAUCAUUCAAACCGAACUCUACAGCUAAAUCUCUGUCGCCCCUCCUAUGUGCCGCUCUUUAGAAAAGAAAAUCGAGCUUCUUCCUGCGGAGCAAGUCUUACGGGAAUUCUUGCUUGAAGCCGCGCAAGAAGUGCCAAACCUCGAGAUAUGGAUUACCGGCGGCUGGGUGCGUGACCGGUUACUUGGCUUGCCUUCGUCGGACUUGGAUUUUGCCCUAAACAACCUCACAGGCAGGGAAUUUGGCAAAUUCUUAGCUUCCUUCUCUACUAGGCCAGAGAUCCAGUCCAAGUACAGCCAAAAGGCAGAUAACCUGGGCAUUCCAGGUUCCAGAUCAGUUCAAUUUACCAUCAUAGAACGAAAUGCAGAAAUGGCUAAACAACUUGAAACGGCUCGUGGGUCACUUUUUGGCCUAGAUAUUGACUUGGUAAAUCUACGCAAGGAGAUAUAUAAUGGGCAGAGUCGAACCCCCAGGAUGGACUUUGGUACUCCAGAGGAAGACGCGCUUCGGCGAGACGCUACAGUAAACGCCCUCUUCUUCCACCUUGAGAAGCAAGAGGUUAUCGAUCUUACAGGAAAAGGUCUCAAAGAUUUACAAGCAAGAAUUAUGAGAACGCCGCUAGAUCCAUACCAAACUUUUAUGGAUGAUCCCUUGCGGGUACUACGUCUGAUUCGACUCAGUAGCAAACUUGGCUUCGAUAUCGACUCGCAGACUCAAGCUUCCAUAGGGGAUCACAGAGUACAGCAGGCGCUUGAUAAGAUUAUCACGCGCGACAGAAUCAACAUAGAAGUAUUCAAAAUGAUGAGAGAUACAGAUCCAGCGACUGCUCUUGAGCAAAUAUUCCAACUUAGACUUUUCGUCCCAGUAUUCCUACGCUUCGAUUCACCACUCCUUGCGCAUAUAAAGAACACAUUCCCGUUCAAAAAGAAAACCCUAUGGCCAGCAACAUGGCCAAGGGCAUAUUCCCUUCUUACCAAACUGUUACAGUUAAAUAGUCACCUUGGUUUAAUGGUCCAAUCUGCAGAAGAUGUCGAGUCUAUCUGGGUCAUGGCUAUCUGCACUCCCAUUGCCGGGUUUCGACAUGGUAGAUUGCAAGAGGCCGUUCAGGAUGUAACAAAUGCGCUUCGACUCCCAGUUAAGAUAACCAGGAUACUCGAAAGUGCGCUUCAGAAUUACGAUUCUAUUAGCAAUGUGGUUGAAAGCAUCGUAACCAACAGGGAUAAACCCCCGUUGCCGAGCGUUGUUGGUAUGGCGAUCCGCUCCUGGGGUUCAACAUGGCAAACGCAGUUGGUAUAUGUUCUACUUGCUCAAGCAGUUCAUACACAGUCAACAUCUACUCCACCUGGCUUCCUAGACUUUGAAGCAUAUUCGAGGCCUAAGGUUGAGGAGCACAUACUUGACAGAUUUUCUGUUUUUGUAGACUAUAUUUGGGCCAUGGAUCUACAAAAUGCUCAUCUGAAACGCCCGCUAUUAGAUGGCAAUCAGAUACAAAAUCAUUAUGGGCUCCUGCAUGGUGGUAAAUAUUUGAAGAACGCAAUAGAUGGUCUCAUAGCGUGGCAGUUUGACCAUAGCAAUGCGAGCGUUGAGGAAGCAAAGGUCUGGCUACUCCAGGAACGAGACACUCUGGGAAUACCUCCAUCUGAGACUUGAACAUGGAGAGAAAAUGGCACUUUCCACGCCAGUCAAGCCUUCUCGGCGGCGCGAUAUGCUUUCUCGGCACUAAUUAAUUGCUAGUCUUGUUGUAAAACUGGGGAGACGGCAGCGAGUUUACAUACACGCUAGCCAUUAGCCUCCCAAUAGUCUGAAAUAGCCUGUUUAUCUGUCUGUCAGCCUGCCUUUUUAGUCGAAGAACGACUUUUACAAUGGCAUAAAAUCCCAUAAACCAAACAAGUAUUGGCCUUUCAGAAUAUCUCCGCACUUUUUAACGACAUGUAGUUGUCGUGGGGCAGGUUGACAUGCAUCGUAC